CAAAACGCGCGAAAGAAAUAUUUGAUCUCUAUAGCGAGGCUGUCUAUGUCCAUUGGAUCUUGAACUAAAUUACAGCCUCUGUUGCGUAUGUCCAAGGAUCAGAUUGCUUCUACUCAAUAUUGGCAAAUUAAGAUAAAGAGCUCAGGUUAUUUUCUUGUCCGCUUUGGGCAGAAACUUGCGAUUUGUUUCGUCAGUCAAAGAGCAUUCAGCUGCGGUGUUCCUCCCAUUGUACCUUCUACUCUGUUUGUGGCAUGUUCUAAUGACUUUGAAGGGUGAGUAUCAAUUUACUCUGACUUCAAAUAUGUAUAUUAUGGGCCGAUCUCCCUCGUCAAUCCCAAAUGCACGCAGCACAUCGAUCAUGUCUGUGACCAGGACCACUCGAAUUCUAGACAAAGUACCAUGGGUCCCUCGAUCGACGGUCGCUGAAAACAGUCAAGUGCCUUUAGGAGAUGGCAAUACGUCUGAGUCGGGCUCAAUCUCAGACAAAAGUGGUAGAUCGAGCUCGGGAUCAGAUUCCACUUCAGAUUGUCAUGAUGGCUGCGUCUCUGUCGCCGUCUUUGAUAUACUCUGGCGUGACGAUGACUGCAUUUUCAACCAGCUAGGUGGAUCCAUAAGAUUCAAGAUACUCUUCGAGCAAGAAGCCCCCGCCCCUCGCCCUAACAUCACACAACCACUUUCCGGAAGGAACUACAUCUCGAUAUUCGAAAUGGGCAUGAACGAAUGCAUAUUCAAAUGUAGCGCGUUCGCGAACGGCAUGGGAUGGGAGAACUUUCGAGCAUUCAAGAGGAACAGGGCGUUCAAGAGCGGAUUCCCGGACGACGAAGUUUCCUUUCGAUUCCCGGAUGAUAUGCUCGAUGACGGCGGUGUACCGAUGCUGAUGUUAAUCCUGGGUGACGGUCGGGGUUGUACGGAUCAGGUUGUGGUUUGCUGGGCAAAGAUGAGAGACAAUGCUCAUGGGAACAAUCUUGCAACGUUCUCGAGUACGGAGAUUGCAAAGAUCAGCGUUUACGAGAAAUUGGACGAGUGAGAGCUCUGAGACGAGGUGACUUACGAUGGCAUAAAAUUGAGAAAAACACUUGGCUGCCAGGAGAAAGAAACAGCGGUUGAAU